AGGGCCCGAGGCCGCCCUCGCGGGCCUGCAGCUGGCGGUGCGCGCAGCCCGUCCCGUCCCCCGCGGCGCUGACCAGGCUGACGGUGGCGCCGUGCACGCUGGCGAAGUAGGUGGAGAUCGUCCCGGGGCGCCUGUCGGAGAGCGAGUGGCUCUCGCUGCUGGCCUUCGAGGAAGCGGAGGACGUGGUGGGCGACGUGCUGGCGGCGCUGCUGGACCAGGUGCUGGAGGACUGCUACAAGGUCUACCUGGCCCAGCAGUGCGUCCCCUACGUCAUUAACCAGGCGCGGGAGGCCAUGCUGCAAAUCAUUGAGUGGCGCUUUCUGGGACGAGAUGAAGGGGAAAGCGAUGUGCCAGCGGACCCCACCUGGCAGGAGGACGAGGAGCCGGUGGCCUGCAUCACAGAUUCCUGGGCCCAGGGAUCUGUGCCUGUGCUGCAGACUGUGCCAAGCCCUGAUGAAGGAGAGGUUUCUCCAGCGAAACUGCCAGAGGAAGCACCUGCUGUCGAGAAGCUGCCUGGUGAGGAAGCCACCAUGGCUGAGCUGCCCCCGGUGUCUCUCCGGUGGGAGGAGGGAUUGCCCCAGCGAGACACCAUGCCGGAACCCAAGCCUCCCAGGCCACAGAGCAGCAGGGUGCUGCUGAAGGCCCAGUCGCAGUCCAUGCCCGUCGCCGCAGCAGUUGCUCCCAGGCUGUCCCACAAAGGGAAGCUGUCUUCCCAGCCACUCCUGGUGGCCCCCCAGUCGGCCAGGUUUGAUUAUGUUGCGAAGCCCCCAGAUGGCUCUGAGAAGGAGCUCCUUUUGCGGAAACUCUCCCAGGGCCCCCUGGAGGUGAGCUCUCUGCACUUGCUGGGCUCUGCCCAGCCCCUGCUGCCUUCCUCGUGCAGCAACCUCCUCCGGAUCCAGAUGGGCCGCCCCCCCAACAUCAAGGACGUUUUCUACGAUGAGACCGGGAACAUCACGCUGGUGCCUCACCUGGAGCCAGCUCGCCUGCCGAAGCGGUGGAUCAAGCCAAUGGUGGAAGUGGUGGACCCCGACGCUGAGUCCAGGUGCCAGGAAGCACUGAAGACGGUCUCGGGGCGCUGCAAACAGCGCCAUCCCUCUAAAGGCCCUGCCCUGGUCAAGCAGGCCCCUGUGGAUCGAAGCAGCCUCCAGGCUCAUGGAGGACCCCCAGGGCUGCUGUGGGAGGAUCCCUUAAAGGUGAUGCAGAAGAGCCUCCCGGAGCAGGCAGCCCAUCCUCUUCUGCCAGGAAGGACCCUUGAGCCCACCGGCUUUGUCUUUGUCAAGCCCGCCUUGCUGGUGGAGACUGUUGACCUAGCCCCAGGAGUGACCCUCCGUGGUCGUGGUAGAAAUCCGAGUCCGCACCUGCCACCUGCUGUCAGUCCGGAGGACGUCAAGGAGAUGCAUGGGGCCCUUCGGCCCUUGAGCCCUCAGGGGUCCUUUUCCAGCAGGGCUACAGAGCUGUUCCUUCGGGAGCCACAGUAUCUGCCACACUUGUGCCCUGGAGCCAUGUUGUGAUGAGGGUGGGGCUGCUCACCAGCCACAUCCCAGCACCAUACUGUCAUAAAAUAAAAUGAAGCCUUGGGCAUGG